UACUCAUAAAUCUGACAACUAUGUCUGGGAUGAAACUGAAGGCAGUCUUGUUGCUUCGACUUUCGCAACAAUUGUAAUAAAGCACAUAAAGAAAGAAAUACUUAAUACCCCAAACAUCCAUCACUUUAUUAUAUAUUCUGAUGGUUGCUUUUAUCAAAAUCGGAAUGCAGUAUUAUCCAAUGCCUUAAUAUCGUUUUGUGUAGUAAACCACAUUACCAUUGAGCAUAAGUAUUUAGUCGUAGGGCAUACACAAAUGGAAUGUGACUCUACUCACUCAUUAAUACAACGCAAAAUGAAUAAUAAACAAAUUAAUUUGCCCUCCCAACUAGUUCAACUAAUGAAAGACGCACGAAAAAAUCCAUAUCCACUAGUGGUUCAUCACCUACAACACAGUUAUUUCCUGGAUUAUGAAAAUCUUCCAAAGCGGUAUUCAUCUAUUCGACCAGGUAAUAAAGUUGGAGAUCCUACAGUAAAUAUGAUUCGUGCUUUGGCAUAUGAUACAACGGGAUCCAUAUAUUACAAAACCUGUUUUAAGGACGAGUAUCAGCUUCUUCCAAAAAGGACUACCAGAAAUUUUGAAAUUCAGCAGCCUAAUCUUUUGCACCCGCAAAGGUUAACGAUAUCCAAGAAGAAAUGGCAACAUCUGCAGGACCUAAAGGCUUUGAUUCCAGCAGACUGUCAUUACUUUUAUGAUAAUAUACCUUUUGAAUAAUUAAUUGUUUAAUAAACAAUUAUUAAACAUUGUUCUC